AUGCCAUUCCCUUUUUCUUUCUUUUUCUAUCUUUUCUUUCCUUCCUUUUCCUUUUCUCUCAUUUUCUCCUUUUCUUUUUCUUUAUAUUUCUUCACCUCUUUUCUUUCUUUGAUUCUUUCAUUUUCUUUUGUCCUUCUUCCCUCCCUUUCCUUCUUCUCCCCCUUUCCUUCUUCCCUCCCUUUCCUUCUUCUCCCCCUUUCCUUCUUCCCUCCCUUUCCUUCUUCUCCCCCUUUCCUUCUUUUCCCCCUUUCCUUCUUCUCCCCUUUCCUUCUUCCCCUCCCUUUCCUUCUUCUCCCCCCUUCCUUCUUCUCCCCCUUUUCCUUCUUCUCCCCUUUCCUUCUUCCUCCUUUCCUUCUUCUCCCCUUUCCUUCUUCUCCCCCUUUCCUUCUUCUCCCCCUUUCUCUCUUUCCAUCGUUCUCUUUUCUUUUCCUUCCUCAUAUUUUUUCAUUUCCUCCCUCCCUCCCUCCCUCCUUUUUACUCGUUCUAUUCAUCCAUUAUUUAUCUUUUUUCUCAAACCUUUCCUUCAUCUUUCCUUCUUUUUCUUUUCUAUUUCCUCUUAUUUCCUUUCCUUCCUUCUUUUGUUCAAUUCAUCCAUUUGUUUUUCCUCCCACUCCUUCCCUUCUUUCUUUUUCUACUUUUCUUUUACUUUUCCAUUUCCUACCUUUAUUUCUUGAUUCCUUUUUUUCCUUUUCCUUCCUUCCUUCAACAAAAAAUCUAAUAGAAAUGCAGACCACAUCUGCUUGUCCAAUUUAUCUAUUCAUUUUUCUUUUCCGUCCUCAUCUUUCUUUUAUUCUUUCUUUCUUUCCUUUUCUUUCCGUUUACCUUUCUUCUUUUUUCUUUCCGUUCUUUUUCAUUUAUUAUUUCCUUUCAAUUUUUAUCUUUCUAUUUCCUUUGUUUCUUUUCAUUUUUCUAACUUCACUUUCUUUCUUUCUUUCUUUCUUUUCUUCUAUCUUUCUUUCUUUCUUUCUUUCUUUUCUUCUAUCUUUCUUUCUUUCUUUCUGUCACUCUCCUUUUACUUUUCUUCCUUUCUUUUCCUUCGUUUCUUUUCAUUUUUCUAACUUCCUUUCUUUCUUUCUUUCUUUCUUUCUUUCUUUCUUUCUUUCUUUCUUUCUUUUCCUUUCCUUUGUUUCUUUUCAUUUUUCUAACUUCUUCUUUCUUUUCCUUUCCAUUUCCUUCGUUUCUUUGCAUUUUUCUAUCUUAUUUUUCUUGCUUUCUUUCAUUCUUUCUUUCUUUUCCUUUCCAUUUUCCUUCUUUCUUUUCUUCUUUUUAAUCCCCAAACACUCUCCCUUAUCCGCGCAAAGCCAGCCUCCAUUCAAAACCACUUUCACCCCGUCGGGCAUUCCAAAUAAGCGGUUGAACAUUAUGCAAUUUCCCCAAAUCCCUGGAUAUUCUCAUUUCACGAUCUAUCUAUCUAUCUAUCUAUCUAUCUAUCUAUCUAUCUAUCUAUCUAUCUAUCUAUCUAUCUAUCAAGCUCAGUCAUUUCACGAUCUAUCUAUCUAUCUAUCUAUCUAUCUAUCUAUCUAUCUAUCUAUCUAUCUAAACAGUGACUACCAAAUCAUGCCUUUCAAAACCUAA